AUGCCAAUGGACCUGGACGCAACCAAGAAAGGGAAAAGACCAGGACCACCUAAGAAACGUUGGGAUGGAAAGAGCAAGUGGAGAGUUUCUGGAGAACAAUGGACAGAGCGACGCAAAAAAGGAUUAUGCCUAAUGUGCGGAAAGCCUGGCCACUACGCCAAAGAGUGUAAAAAGAAUCAAGAGUUGGGCGCUACAGAAGGAAUUCCGGAAGAAGAAAGUCAUAAGCCCCAAAGAAAGAACUGGGCAGACAAGAAAUCCAUGGGCAAGAAAGGCGACCCUAAGGAAACAUCACAGGGACAGCUAAGGAGAAGCACGCCUGAAACAUCACAUAACCUGUUAUCUUGGACCGCUUGUUACGACGACAACUGCGUUGUACAUUCAAGCGACAAGGAUGGUGCAGGGUGGUACCCACGGAAACCAAGGUCACAUCAGUCACUUAAUGCUCUUUUCACAUACAAUGAUGAUGAACCAGAGUACGAAGCAGACAAUGAUGAUGAAGAACCAGGACCCGAAGCUAUGAAGAGCUAUGUGGAGGUCUUGGAAAUCAAGAAACCAGAUUAUGUCCGAUUAUUGACAAAUCUGUGGACAAGAGCCGAAUGCUUUGAUCAAGACUGCGGACUAGCAGCAGAACACGAACAUGUUGCAUAUGAUCCGGACGCAAUACCUAAGGAACAAGGGAAAGCAUUCACGAUCGAGUUUUGCAAGAAGAAGGAAUGCCCGGACCAUGACAAAAGCGAAUUUCACGCACAUCAAGGGUCAGACAGGCGAGACCUUCAAGACAGCCCGUAUUGGCAGCCUGGUCCCUCUCUCCACGUCCCACUGCCUGCGCAAGUCGGUUGCGCAGCGCCUGGUUUGUCGCCAGUUGUGCUGACAUUUGCAGAGCAAGACCAGUCAUGCCCCUACCAUGAAGAAUACGAGGGACAUACACAUUUCAGGAAUUACACCAAGGAGGAAAGGAGAAAGUUCGAACAUUCACCUAGUGGUAAACAUCAAGGAGGUGCGAACUCCUUGCCACGAGACACUUGGAUGCCAGAUCACGGGAAUGCAUACCCAUAA